UCUGCUUGAUUGUCAAGUUGAGGACCAGUAAGGAAUUUUCUUGGAAAAAUCUCCCCUCCAAAGUCCCACCAAACCUUGCAGAAUUGUGAUGCUCACAAUUUAUUUAUGGCCUCUCUAUCCUCAACUCAAACUUCUUUCAAUCUUUUGGUACUCAACACUUGGUACAAUUAAGCUAUGGAACCUCUUGGGAAGGUCAGAAAUAUUCCACUUCUAGCAUUUUUUCUAUUUUUACACAUGAUCUUAAGUCCCAGCUUAGCUGAACCGAACCAAAUAUUUUGUUCGGAAAGCGAAAAAUAUACCCCCAAUAGCUCGUACGAAAAGUCUCUCAACAAUCUUCUUGAUCUUAUUACCCUCUACACUCCUAAAGACGGAUAUUAUAACUCUACAUUUGGAAGCGGUGGUGAUCAAGUGUACGGUCAAGCCUUGUGCCGAGGAGAUGUUACGCGAGAAGUCUGUCAAGACUGUGUUGCGAAUGCAAGCAGAGCGAUCAUUAAGAAAUGCGGAGGUGAUAAAGAAGCCAUCUUAUGGUACGAAAAAUGCCAGGUUCAGUAUUCAUAUAGCCCGGGCUUUGCUUCUACUUAUGCAGCGAAGUUUCCAGAUUCAAAUGAACACGAGGAAAGGGUCGUGGACCAUCGUGAUCAGUAUAAAAAAGAGGUGAUGCGUUUGAUGGAUAGCCUUGCAAAAGAGACGUCUGGUUCUAAAUCUAUGUUUCGGACAAAGAAAACUAAAUCCGAGAGUACGACCAUAUAUGGACUUGUACAAUGUUUAAGAGACAUCACGAAAAUUUCAUGCGACGAUUGUUUAGAGAGAGCUUUGGGAGAGCUGUAUGACAACUGUGGUUAUAGUCAAGGUGGGACUGUUUUUAGCAGGAGUUGUAAUGUGAGGUUUAGCGUCAAUAAGUUUUACAGAGAAACAACAGAUGGAUCAGUUAAGAAGACGCGGAAGGCUGUUGCAAUUGCUUGUGGAUCGACUUUGGCAAUUGUAGUACUAAUCGGUUGUUAUUUUUUCUGUCGCUCUAAAGGGAUGGAAAAAAUUAUAGAUGAUAAUAGCAGCCAGAAUGUAUUCUUGCAUAGCACGGGUGCUUCCGCCAGAUUUGUGAUAACAGACGAAAGCAAUAUUGUCAGUGGUCCGGACCUGACCUUUUUAAAGUUUGCUAUUGUUAAGGCAGCUACUGAGGGGUUUUCAGACUGUCAUAAGCUCGGGCAAGGUGGUUUCGGUACUGUUUACAAGGGUGUAUUACCAAAUGGGAUGGACAUUGCAGUUAAGAGGUUAUCGAGGAAGUCCUGGCAAGGAAUAGAGGAGUUCAAGAAUGAGAUAAUAUUAAUAGCCAAACUUCAACACAGGAAUCUAGUGAGACUCCUAAGUUGUAGCAUAGAGGGGGACGAGAAGCUGUUGAUUUAUGAAUACAUGUCCAACAAAAGCCUGGACAGAUUUAUCUUUGAUGCAGAUAAACGUUCUCAACUUGGAUGGAACAAACGCCUUGAGAUAAUACAAGGCAUUGCCAGGGGAAUACUUUAUCUUCAUGAGGAUUCCCGGCUCAAAAUCAUUCACAGGGAUAUAAAGCCUAGCAAUGUCUUGUUGGACCAUGACAUGGUUGCUAAAAUAUCAGAUUUCGGGAUGGCAAAGAUUUUUGGUGAAGAUGAAAUCACUGGAAACACCAAAAGGAUUGUUGGAACAUACGGAUACAUGGCUCCAGAGUAUGCAAUGGGAGGACAGUUCUCGGUUAAGUCUGACGUUUUCAGUUUUGGGGUAAUUUUGCUUGAGAUCAUUAGUGGGAAACGAAACAGUGGCUUUUACCGAACUGAACAUGCUCAAACACUCACUGCAUACGCAUGGCAGCUGUGGAACGAAGGAAGAGAGUUGGACAUUGCAGACGCAUUACUGACAGAAACAUGUCCUGCGUCAGAAGUUGCGAGGUACAUUCAUAUUGGACUUCUGUGUGUCCAGGAAGAUCCGGAAGACAGACCUACAAUGUCAUCUGUCGUCGUUCUGUUCAGCAGUGAAGCGAUAGUACUUCCUCAACCAGGACAACCUGCAUUUUCUGUGAGUAGAAAGGCUUCCGAAACUGCCCAAUCUUCAAUUACUGAUAUUUCUUCAAAACACCUCACUGAUUCUGUUUUAGCUCCGCGUUGAGGACUUUCCUUUUCACAUUUUGAUCAUGAUAUUCAGUGUUAUACUCAUUGUAUAAAUUACUAUAAAUCCAAUUCAGUUACUAACUCUAAUUAUUUUCCCAUGACUGUGUAAAUAAUGUAUGUUCCUCUGUUAUUAGUAUAUAUGCAAUUUGUGAACAUUUGUGAUAAGGCUCGGCAAUUUGUGAUAAAAUAAGAGAUUUGAUUCUAUUUUA